AUGUCUGCUGCUGGUGCAAGAGGGGUUCUUCUCCGACAUAAUCCGUAUCGUUCUGAGGUCCUGUCAUGGUACCGCAGGUUCCUCAAGGUCGCGUUCACCGUGCCGUGGGAGACGGACGAGGACGCGCUGUACGUGAUGGAGGAGGCAAGGCGACUUUUCCGGCAGAACGCCAACAUCACUGACGUGGAAUCAAUUAGGCGCAAGCUACGUGAGGCGGAGAUGCGGUAUGAGAUCGGCGUGCACUACCGGAUCCCGUACCCGAGACCGUUUCACAAGACGCAGGGAUCACUGCAGGAGAGUGGCGUGGCCUACGCCGCUGACCUUGACUCCAUGUAUGACCACCCCGUGAACAUGAGAGUCGGGCGCAUCUCGGAGGGUAGCACAAACUUCGGCACGAUGGGUGGCGUAGAAAACUCAACCCACUUCUUGGAGGACGGACCCGGUGUUGACGACGAGAUUCUCACCGAGAGGAGGUGA